AUGGAUUAUGAAAAUAAUACUAAUUCAACUGACAAUAAUACUACUGAUAGUAUUACUAAAGAAGACUAUAAUAAUUACAAUGCUUCGAAACAAAAUAAAAAAGAGCUAAAAGAUGAUAAAAGAAAAUCAAAGAAAAAAAGAUCAAAAAAGA